AUUGUGAAGGAAACGAGGAAAAAAAUACUCAAGGGUCACGUUAUAGCAAAAAGGAGAAAGGAAAAUAAAAGAAAAAGGCUUAAAGAAGAAGGUUGCUUCCCUUGUGACCCCAUCUCAGAGAGACAAAAAAGGAGUUAUAGAAAAUUAAAGAGAAACAGAUGGUAAAGUCAGAUAGACAUUACACACAGAUUAAAAAGGCUAAAAAGUAGCAGCAAUCAAAGCUGUCAAAGUCCCCUUAUCUCUCCUUUCAUUUAAUUUUAAAAUCAAUUGAAAAGCAGAAGAAACCUUCAUGGCACCCGAUCCCUCCUCAUAAGCCCCAGAAGCAUACAGUUGCAAAAUCCCUCCGGAGGAUUAAAAAGAAGCCAAGAAAAGAAGAAAUCAAGCACCAUCGACAAUGAAAGGAAGAGAAGCUAACAGAACAGCUCCCAGUGCAGAUUUGUUAGUAUGUUUCCCAUCUCGAGCCCAUUUGGCGCUAAUGCCCAAGCCCAUUUGCAGCCCAGCCAGGCCAUCAGAGCCCAGAAAACGCCAUUCACACCACCCCCAACGCCGCCACCACCACCUCAAGAAAUUAAGCACCAGAACGGGUGGCUGCGGCGCCGGCCAGGCCAGCCCUCUCCUCUGGGCCAAAAACAAACAAAUGAGUUCAGAAAUCUCAGAACCCACGUCCCCAAAAGUCACCUGCGCUGGGCAGAUCAAGGUCAGGUCCAAGACUAGCUCCUGCAAGAAUUGGCAAUCGGUCAUGGAGGAGAUUGAGAGGAUUCACAACAGCAGGCAACGCAAGAAGCGGCCAACCUGGAUAGAAGCGUUUGGUUUCAAGAAGGAAAUAUUGCAGUUCUUGACAUGUUUACGCAGCAUUCGUUUCGAUCUUCGUUGUUUCGGGGCAUUCCCUCAUUCGGAAGUCAUCGCUAGCACUGACGAUGAAGACGAAGACGAAGAAGAUGGAGAGUAUGAUCAAGAAAACCAUGAGAAUCAUAAUGACGACGAGACUUCAAGGACUGUAUUCUCUAAGUGGUUUAUGGUGUUACAGGAAAAUCAAAGCAAUAAAGAAAGUCAGAAGAAAGAGAAAGAGAGGUCCGGUUUUGAUGAUAGAGACUCUGCUUUUGAACACGAAACUCCUGCUGCUCCCCCUCCAAAUGCUCUUUUACUUAUGCGGUGUAGGUCUGCCCCAGCAAAGAGCUGGCUAGAAGAGAAGGAAGAAGAUGAAGAAGAUGAUGCUGAAGAAGAGAAGGAAGAAGAGAUGAAGAAAGGAAAGGAUUUGAAGUCAUUAAUGGAAGAAGAGACGAUGAGAAAGAAGAAAGAGAGCUUAGUCGUGAUGAGGUAUGACACUGAUUUCUACAAAUUUUCAUCAGACGUUGUGAAGGAGACUUGGGUGGUUGGUGGGAUGAGAGAUCCACUAUCCAGGAGCCGAAGCUGGAAAAGAUGAUGACGAUGGUCCUGGCCACUGCUUUUUUUUUAAAAAAAAUUUUGUUUCUUUGGGUCUGAAACAAUUUAAAACAUUUCUCUCUUGAACGUUUUUUAAAGAUUUUGUUUUCUUUUCUAUCAUCUGGGUUCUGUGCAGUGGGAAAUUUAGACCUAGUCGUCGCCCUGCACUGGCUUUUAAGUAAAAACUUCUGGUUGUUUUGGUCAUAGUCACCGUCAUUUGAACUUGUGCACGAGACACAUAAUGUACAGACAUCUUCUGGAUCUUCUUUCCCUGCGACAGAUUUCGCUGCCAUGUAAAUUAUUAAUUAUUGUGCUGAAUUUGCUUAUGUACUUACAUGAUCUUUGUUUCAGAAUUAUACUAAUAUAAAUCCUUUUA